UGUACCAGGUUCUGAUUUUGCAAGAAGAAAGUUUCUGAUUGCUCCUAGAGACUUACCAAAUCUGGGUGAACCGAAGCGCAGCUACAAGGGCGGAAAACCAUGAAUUCGUCGUUAUUGAACGAGGAAUCGUUUGACUUUGAAGAUUUCGAGCUAGGUGUGGAGGAGAUUAGCUAUAUUUUGAAUAAAAAAGAUGUGAACUGCAUUCGCGAAUUGGGCGGAGUUGAGGGGAUUGCAAGGAAACUACGGGUCGAUCCGAAAGUUGGACUAUUAGAUAAAUCCGACUUCAAGCACAGAAUAGCGACGUAUGGGACGAAUGAGGUGAGUCCUCCCAGGAGGACUAGCUUUUUUAGACUGGUGUUGAGGGCAUUGAACGACUUGACAUUGCAGAUCUUGUUGGGAGUGGCGGUGGUGUCGCUGGUGAUAUCUUUGGCGAUACCGAAGGAGAUGCAUUCGGGUGACGAAGGAGGGGACGAUUGGAUAGAGGGAGCGUCUAUAUUGUUGACGGUGAGCGUGGUGACUUUGGUGACGGCUGUCAACGAGUACCAGAGGGACAAGCAGUUCGAGCGCUUGGACAAGGUGAAGUACAAUUUUAAGGUCAAGGUGAGGAGGAACGGAAUAGAAGAGAUGCUGGAGACUUUCAAAAUAGUGGUGGGAGAUGUGGUGUUGUUGGAGGCGGGUGAUCAGGCGCCGGGAGAUGGCUUAUAUAUAGGUGGAUGCAAUUUAUCGAUGGACGAAUCGUCGAUGACGGGAGAGAACGAGCCGGUGAAGAAGGACGAAGAGCGUUGCUUUUUGAUGUCAGGGACUCAUGUGGCGGACGGGAUAGGCGAGAUGCUGGUGCUGGCGACGGGCGAGAAUUCUGAGUAUGGGAAGAUGAUGAGGAGCUUGAAGGUGAAGAACACGCCGACGCCGUUGCAGAGGCGUUUGGACAACUUGGCGAAGUUGGUGGGAAAGAUAGGCACGGCAGCUGCGCUCGCGACCUUUUUGGCGCUGAUGAUUAGAUGGGUGAUAAGAGUGGUGCCGGUGCCGUGGAAGUGGGCGUAUUUAUUAGACUGGGUGAAGUAUUUUGUGAUAUCGAUUACAAUCGUGGUGGUGGCCAUUCCCGAGGGUCUGUCCCUGGCGGUAACGAUUACGUUGGCGUAUUCGAUGAAAUACAUGCUGAGAGAUCAGAUUCUGGUGAGGCGUUUGGCGUCAUGUGAGACGAUGGGCGGAGCGACGUCUAUUUGUAGCGACAAGACGGGCACAUUAACAGAGAAUCGCAUGACCGUUUUAAAGGGCUGGAUAGCAGGGGGAAUCUUCGAAGACACGUCCGCGGUUGAGCUAUCGGACGCGGUUGUUCAGAUUCUCGGCGAGGGCAUAUCGGUCAACAGCAAGGCAUCAGUGAAUUUUGAAUCGGCGUCUCACGAAAUGGUUGGAAGCAGAACGGAAUGUGCGUUGAUUUCUUUUAUUUAUGCGCUCGGCAUGGAUUAUCGGAGCUAUAGGAGUUCGAACCCAUUGAUAAAACUCUAUCCAUUUAGUUCUGAAACGAAACGUAUGGCUGCAAUCGUUCAGCAAUCGGGUUCUGCCUACCAUCGCCUCCACUGCAAGGGCGCGCCAGAAUUGAUCCUGCCGAGCUGUUCUAAGAUGCUGGUGCACGAUGGAUCCAGCAGGCCCGUGAAUUCUGAAACGUUGGCUCAACUUGAAGACUUCCUUCUAUCCAUGACUCGACAUUCCCUCCGCACUAUCGCCAUCGCCUACAAAGACGGUCUGCAGAUUGCUGAGUGGGACCUGAAUUCCAAGGACCUCACGCUGGUCGCUCUGUUCGGCAUUGCCGACCCCAUAAGGUCUAGUGUGCCGGACGCCGUUCAAAGCUGCAAAAAUGCCGGUAUUGUCGUGCGCAUGGUUACAGGAGACAGUUCAGACACCGCCCGAUCUAUCGCCCAACAAUGCAAUAUUUGGACCUCGCAAUGCACUCUUUUGGACGGCCCCACCUUUCGGUCUAUGCCCGACGAACAACUCGAUUCCAUCCUUCCCAAACUUCGCGUGUUGUCUCGCGCCCAACCGCUGGACAAACUCAGACUCGUCCAAAGACUCCAACUGCAAGGAGAAAUCGUAGCCGUCACUGGCGACGGAACCAAUGACGCGCCUGCUCUGAAACAGUCCGACAUCGGUCUUGCUAUGGGAAUUAUGGGAACCGAGACGGCAAAGCACGCAUCCGACAUCAUCAUCAUGGACGACAAUUUUGUCUCUAUCGUCCGAUCUGUUCUAUGGGGAAGAUGCGUCUAUGGUAAUAUCAGAAAAUUCCUUCAGUUCCAACUGACAGUCAACUUUACCGCUCUUCUCAUUGCCUUCAUUGGCGCCCUCACCGAUCGCAACACCCCUCUACGAUCAUCCCAACUCCUGUGGAUCAACUUCAUCAUGGACACUCUCGCCGCCCUCGCUUUCAGCUCCGAAAAGCCCUCGCCCUUCCUCCUUCAUCAAAAGCCAUACGGGCGACAUUCUCCUAUCAUCUCCCCUCUCAUGUGGCGAAACCUCAUCGGCCACUGUCUAUUUCAAACCACCCUCCUCCUUUUCAUCCUCUAUCUCGGACCCAAGAUCUGGGGCAUUCCCGACGGUAUGCUCUUCUCUGGCGCCUCCGUCCACUACACCAUCUUGUUCAACGUCUUUGUUUACCUCCAGCUGUUCAACCUGAUCAACGCGCGCUGUAUCUUCCCGAAUCAAUACAACCCUUUCUCCGGCAUACUCUCCAAUUGGCCAUUCCUAAUCAUUAUUCUAUCCUCUUUCGUCGUCCAAGCCCUUCUCGUCGAAUUCUGCGGGCAAUUCCUAUUCACCACGCAUCUGUCCGCUCUACAAUGGAUCAUGUGCAUCCUACUCGGGUCCACAUCCCUCAUAUUUGGUGGCUUCCUCCGCCUCAUCCCCACGCCCCUAGAACGAUAUGAAAGACCCCACUUUUUAUAAAAAAAGUCUACCCCCUAAAAAAAUUAUUUUCUGACUUCCCGUAUACCUCACUCUAUGCCUAUGUCCAUCUCUAGUAUCUCCGACGGCCACGCCCUCCGGCACUUUGUCGAACUCGCUAAAUCCACCCAUUCCACCAGCACCCUGGUCUCUCUUGUUCAAGAUGUCCUUGCUUCUCCCAACGUCUACGUCUUCGGCGAACUCCUUCAUGAUCCAAGCUUCCAAACCACCAUGAACCUCUCCCCAGAAGGAAGACUGCACUUUCAACUCCUCCAAACCUUUGCCUAUGGUACUUUUCAAGAUUACAAAAGUAACCCUCAUCUCCCGGAGCUCUCUCCUGCUCAAGCGCUCAAGCUCAAGCGCCUCACCUUCGUCUCUCUCGCUUCGAGAAGCCGCUCCAUCUCCUACGACGAGCUUAUGAGUACCCUCGACAUUUCCCAUGUCCGAGACCUUGAAGACCUAAUCAUCGAAUGCAUAUACCUCGGUCUGUGCACGGGAAGACUCAAUCCAGCUCAACGGCUGUUUGAAGUCGGUGAAACGUUCGGCCGAGAUGUCAAAAUGAGCGACUUAUCCGAUAUGCGAGUAGCGCUUGUUUCUUGGUGCGAGAGCAGUCAGCACCUACUUGACCUCAUCAAUCAACGCAUCAGCUGGGCCUCUUGUCAAUAUCGAAAAUCUGCACUUAUCAAAGAACAACGCGAACACCGUAUCAAUCAAACUCUGGCAAACGUGCUAUCCUCUAAUGAAAAAAGAGAAUCCACCCCGUUCAAGAAGACGUGAAAGUCCGCCGUACAAUUUUUUUAAUACACACUAUACAAUUUUUCUUUCGGAACAGUCAGUGUCCUUUGAAGUCGUUUGCUGGCUUAUUCUCGGCCCUGUGUUCGGCGUCUGACCAUAAUCCCUCUCAUCAUGAGCGACCUUGUCUUUGAAGAGUGCUUCUUGAAAGCUAUCAAAACCAAAGAAAGACUCGUAAACCAGGCUCUGAAAAAAUACAUUGCGUUCUGCAACUUAAUCGAGGCUCAAUCCUCUUCUGACCACCAACCUUCAACCGACUCCGUGUUCGUUAUUCUUAAACUCUCUUGAACCCGUUUGUAUUGGCGACGCUUUUUGUGUUGACACAUUUGGGGUUUUUUGCAGUGUCAAGGCGUACAAUGAUCUGUGUGUGGAGCUAGACGAGGUUGAAUAUGCGACUCAAAAGACGGCACUGAUCGUCAAAUCAAACCUAUCUGACUUUCAGAGCCGAAAAAAGCUGCUCGAAGCCAAACAGCUACAAAUAGAGCAGCUGCAGAAAGAGUUGGUACAACUCAAAGCUGAUUUAGAACUCGCUCUAGCAGAAAAGGCAAAGAAAGAUGAGUAUUUGAAAUACUUGAAAAUGAUCAACAUGCUACCUUCUAAAAGCACUCUUCAGGAGAAUAUUCGAAAACUGCAGGAAGAAAUCGACGCAUUGGAGGAAAAGAACGGACAGCUACAACAGCGAUAUGAUCGUUAUCUGAACCAUUUGAAGGUCAUGUUUUAUUCGAUCGAACAGGCGAAUGUAGAACUGCAGAGCGAGGAGGUGGCGUAGUAGAAAAAUUUUUUUUGUGAAUGUUUGUCGAGGGCGGGAGACCUCGACCUUGCCAGAGCGACGCGCACAAAGAACGACGGUUGCGCUCGGGUGAGCAGUGAAAAAAAGUAACCGUUAAUACACAAAUAAAUGGCAUAAGAUUGUACCAGAUUUUUUUGGUUAGCAUUUGGUAAGAAGUGAGUCGAUUGGAGAGGUGCGAGUAGUCAAUGCAGCGUUGGUCACCGGGUGCGACGAAAUGGGCGCCGUUGUUUGAGGCGGCGCCGUUGAGUACAUAUACUCCGCCCGGAAUAGAAAGCGCGUUAGAGUACCAUUCGCCGGCGUUUCCAGUACUGAAUGACACAACGGCGAUGUUGCUUAGUCAAUGGCAGACGGGCGCGAACAAGUCCACGAAACAAGUGGCAGAGAAGCGACCGAUCGAAAGGGGGGUACGGACGACGAUGGAGACGCAGGAAUUCAGCUCUGUGCAUUGGACAGACAGCACUGGAAACGUUGGUAGGGACGAAUGGGGCGUAAAUGCGUUGCCCAAAAUUGUGUCUCCGAGGACAGAGAAGAACAACUCGUUUGACAUAAUAGAUCUAUGGUGUCAAAUAAAUACUGGAAAGGCGCCCAUAUCCCCUGAAAUUGAGGCACCACAGGUGCAUUUUCCUAGGUUGCCUGAUGUGCCAACUCUGACAAAAGCGGCGAGUUGUCAGCAAAAAAGAAUCGACGAGGACGUGCCUAAGUGCGUACAGGGGGGUGCAUGGGAGGGUUUAGAUGUUCGGGAAAACAUUCCGAAGGGGUUAGACAGCAUUACCGAUAGACAUAGUGAAAAGGUUGAUUUUUCGCCUGAAUCUCUUGUCGACCGCAUUUUUUUUAUUUUUUCCGCUUCUGCGUUGAAUUCAGUUCGUUGGCUGGACGACGUCAGGCCGAUUUUUUCGGCAUCUCAGGUGCGCGAGUUAGUGGCGCCGGAUGGAAGCGUGUCUUUGGAGCGCGUAUGCGAUGCAUUGAGUCGCCUGGUCCAAGAAGGGAGAUGCGAGGUGGUAUGGGUGGAAGAGGAAGGAGACGAACGGAUGCAGUAUCGGGCGGCAUAAAGGGUUUGAACAGCAUA